CUUCAUGGUGAGAGGUGCGUGCUCAGAUUCCUUCGUCUGUCGUGACUUGGACCAACGUUCUUUGGACUCGUCAAUAUCCUAUACGUUUACAAAUGUGUUGAAAAAAAUGUUUGCCUAAUAGGAUGUGAAAGUUCUGUGCAACGAAUCUUGUUGCUAAUUAUCAGCUUUUGCUCUAAUAAUCCGCGUCCUAGAAGAAAUGAAAUACAUUCACAAAAUGAGUUCGGGUCGUAGCGUGGUGCGCGUGUCGGGUGACCCUAACGACGCCAAGAGUUCGACGAAGUACAGCGGCCGUACACCUGGUGUGUACUACCCCUCACCUCCCCCCCGGUCUGAACCCUCGCCUCUUCCUGUACACAACAGGUGGGCGUGUGAAGCCAUCACCGCCGUCAAGGCACCAGUAGUGCGAGCGACUACGUGGCUCCUGGAAACCAUCCCACAGUAUCUGCCUGAGUCUCUUCGUCCUGAACCUUCAGCUGGGGACAACAACGCUCCCAAGUCCCCACCACACAGCUCCCCACACCCCAGCAACAACAGCAAAACCGCCACAAUGUCCGGUGGGGGCAAGAAAAGCAAUGCCCCGCCAGCGCUGCAUAAAGUCAUCAUGGUCGGCUCGGGAGGUGUCGGCAAGUCGGCGCUCACCUUGCAGUUUAUGUAUGACGAGUUCGUCGAGGACUACGAGCCGACGAAGGCUGACAGCUACCGCAAGAAAGUCGUGCUGGACGGCGAGGAGGUGCAGAUCGACAUCCUGGACACGGCGGGCCAAGAAGACUACGCCGCCAUCAGGGACAACUACUUCAGAUCGGGGGAAGGCUUCUUGUGCGUAUUUUCCAUAACAGAAGACGACUCCUUCCAAGCCUCGCAGGAGUUCCGUGAGCAGAUCCUGCGCGUGAAGAACGACGAGCACAUCCCGCUGCUGCUGGUGGGCAACAAGGCAGACCUGGGAGCAUCCAGACGCAGGGUCUCCGUGGAGGCGGCGCAGGCGCGGGCCGAGCAAUGGGGCGUGCCUUACGUCGAGACCUCCGCCAAAACCAGGGAGAACGUCGACAAGGCUUUCUACGACCUCGCCCGCAUGAUCUCCCGCAGCAAGCAGAAGACGGAGGCGCCUGCGGAGGAGAGCAGCAAGAAGACCAAGUGCUGCUGCGUCUCGUAAUUCUGCUGCUGCUGCUGUUGCUGCUGCUGCUGCUGCUGCUGCUUCCUUAUCACUGUUUUCUGCUGCAAGAAGCUACGAGAAAAGAUUAUUGUUCCUCCUGCAAUGUUAAGGAUGCUUGUAAUUUUAUUACUUCAUUAUUGAGAACUAGCACUAUUUUCGAUAAAUAUGGCACAAACUGCCUUGAGAGAUACAACGUUUUUUUUUUUGCUAAUAAAAUCAUACUACAUUAUAUCAUUAAUCUGUCGCGUUUAAAUCAUGUUUGUGCUAGCGCCAAUACAAUCGCGCCAUUCAUUGAGAAAAGCGCCUUGCCUGAAUUUUAUGUUUAAAAUGGAGGAACUUUGUUCUACGUUUCUUUCAGGGACUGUUCGUCAUCAGGCUAUAUUCCCUUGUAUAAUUGUUAUCAUUUUGCCACCUAACAAGUACUUUCACGUGCUACAAAAUGUGACUGCCUCAAAUGCUCUUGAUUGCGAUUGACAGUUCUGGUGCUUUCACUUUCUAAAGUACAACUGAUCUUGUAGUUCUUUUCUUUGAUCGAUUGAUGAAGUGUUGCCGCUUUGUAUCAGAUUAGAAAACUACUAUUUCCUCGAGGUGAAAUUUUUUCAAACGUAAUACAGACUUCGUUGUCAUGAUUCGUAAUGUUUGCCUAACUGAAACAAACCAUCGACUUUGCCUUAACAUUUCCAUUAGCCAGUCUAAAUGAUCGUAACUGUGCAAUGCCUGCCAUCGACUUGAUCCAUUUUUAAUCCAGCGAUUUCUUGGAACAAUAAUUUGUGCUUCUCGAGGGCUGGGUUUGCUGAGCUAAUCACAUGUCGGCUGACGGGGAUGCCACACAUACUUCCUGAUCAAGCAUCCUUCUUAGGAAAUAAUUUUUGUUAUCGCGAAGUUACUUUUUUACGUUACAGGUCUUUAGGUUAGCUAGCUUAUGCCAAAUCGAAAAAAUAUGUUAAACCAUUUAAAAAACACUUUGAAAUGCAGUAAACACUUCACGUGGGAGAGAGGCUGCUAUCAGAAUCAACAUAUCUAAUAAUAAGGUUCACUCUGACUAACACAUCUCUAACGCCCUGUCCUGUCUUCCUCCAACAUUAUAGGUAUCCUAAACUCAUACUUGUGUAAUGAAGAUCCUUUUGUGUUGUGUUGCUCCUACCGAGGCUGCAUCCUUAUGUUGAUGUCAUGACUGCCGCAGCUGCGAUACUGGAUUAGUUUAUUACACGAGGAAAUUUUUGCAUGGACUUGUAUGUAUAUUAUAUUACCUUGAAUUACAUUGAUUUUUAGUAUAUUUUGUCCCUAAGUCACCCAUAUGAAGUUCGUUUUUCUAUUAGUUUUUAACUCGUAAGAUGUCCUGAGGUUUUGUUGUAUCUGUCGCCGCAUUUUUGGUUUGAAUUACACCAGAGUUGUUGCUGGUGCUGUGGACGCAGCGUAAUUUCACGCAGACCUGACUCUUUAGAAAGAUAUUGGGAACCAUGCAAAGAUCUACGAGUAAAAUUGUCAAUGCAUUUGAAACCAUUUCGAGAGGCAAUAAGUAGUCUAUAUUAAAGUUCCACUGGAGUUUUUGAACUGUAGAUGUUACUUGGCUUGCGUAAAAAUCAGUAGUUAUGGAUGGCACUUGCUACUAAGCGACUAGAAGCAAGCAAUGUUGAAGACAUCUUGCAGUAUCAAGCCAUGGGCUGGAGGGAGAGCUGAAGAGGAUGGUUUAUUCAGUGCAAAUUUCAUGUAAGAGUAGCCGUAGAUAUUAACAUUCAGGACUCGUGGUGAUAUUUUUCAGUCUGGUUGCAGUAACUCCACCCCAUAUACUAGAAAACAUCAUCUGCCAUUAGUUCUUUCCGCCAAUCGGCUCAUAGAGAAUAAUUUUCCAUUUAACGUUAUGUUAUAAUUUCAGCUAAUCGACUUUCCUAGGAGCUUGUUGAUUUGAAGUUCUCUGCUUGUUCAAGUAAAAGCGGGAGACCUUGAACUUGUUUAGUUCCGUUCGCAAGUUCCAGUUCUCUGAAACAGUCUUGGGAGAUCUGCUUGCCUGAUGUGAAUUGUAGACCGCGGCAUCUGCCUUGUAAAUAUAUUGUGUACGUUCGCGUCCUGUAAUAUAUAUACUAUUUAUUAUUAAUAUCGUUACGCACCGACUUGUAUUAUUGCACAGUUCCUCUAACGUGAAUGUUCCAGUUGUGCAUUGCGAAAUAUUAGAAUAUUAAGCGGAAAACUCUUGUGUAAACGUAUGCAAAAUGUAGGAAAACAACGUUAGGCUCUACAUUUGAGCCCGAAACACGAACGUCUAAUCUCCCGUCUAAAAGAAUCAGAUAUUAUAGCCAAAUCCCCAAUCAUUAGAAGUCAAUAGCUCGCUAAUAUCAUAGUUUAUUCCGUAACUUCUUAGUUAUUUGAAGCCAUGAUUUUUCCAGCUCCAUCUUCUUGUUGAAUUUCAUUUGCCGAAGUAAGACCUAAGGUUUUUCUAAUACACAUUGCUGUAAUGUGGUAUUUUAUGACUGCUUCAUGAUGGAACUUACAUGGUUUUGAGGUGCAAGUUAGAUCUGAUUAUUGCUAGUAUUUGUCUCAUAAUAGUGAUUAUGUAUUUACUACUAAUUCUCUUAGCCUCUUUAUUCCGAACCUGCAGACACGCGCGACCCAUUUUCUUAACGGACAAUAGCAACUGUUAACUCAAAGCCGCUACAAGUAUACAUUUAUCAACUCGCGGUUGCUCACAUUAGGUGUAAAUGUUCAACCAACUAUUAUAGUGUAAGGUUUCCGGCACAUUUACCUCAUUUGACUCGCUGCUCAUAAUUAGGCUUCAUUUUUUAGAUCAUCAGAGCUACGUUGUGCUGCUGUAUUUCUUAGAUUGCCAGGGUUCUCUUGAUCUUCUCGACUGAAAAAUAAAAAUUUUUUCCUAUGUUGGGUCCGUGGAAAAGUAGUACACGAUCUUGCACGAAUGGAGUGCAUUAGUGGUGAACAAAUCGCUAGCAUCACUCCAUGGAUACCACUCAUCGAUCCUGAACAAUUUCUUGUAUCCUUUGAAAUAACCAAAAUCUUAAGUUUUUCAUGGCGUCUCGAUUUCCUCGUCGUUUCUGCGUUGCCAUUAAUGAACCAUUCCAUGAUUCCACUAAUCGUGCUCACGAGUGUCCCGAGCUCUACCUCUGCUUUAAUCCUACGCUUGUUUAGCUAAUUUCGACUUUAAAAUUUUCCAUCGCCACCAAUUGUUUCCAUGUUUAUUCACUUUACCCAGUCAUAUAACAGAAAAUGUUAAAGAAGAUUAUUAUAAAGCGAUAAAGUCUGGCAUGCCCCAGCGGUGAGUAGCGAGGGCUGACUCGUGUAAUCGAAGCACAUGUGAUGGUGCAAACAUUUUUACGAGCGACAUUUUGGCGUUGGUGUUGAGCUUUAACUAUCUUCUUAUUUAUUAUAAUAUAUUAAUAUUGAUGAGUGAACCCAUGCAGGUGCCCAUGUUUACGUACCCAUGUAUUGGUCGCAUUCUUUAAUUCUAUUUGGGCUCUAAUCUGGAAGAAAUGGAAAUCCUAAAUUCUGAAAGUUUCGCCGGAAAUUUUCCAACUGAAACUUCAUAAUGACUGCUGCACUUUUUAGUCAUCUUUUUAUUUCUGUCUGCUGCCUACUUGAAGCCGAGAUUCUCCUCCGUUGUUGCAUGAAAUUGUACAACCAUCUCCUCUGAACGUAACAACGUUUCAUCAUAAUAGUAAGGUUUCACAGUCGAAAUUUGUUCAGAAAUAUGUUGACAAUCAAGGAUUUGAUAUUUCCCAAUUGUAAUUUUUCAUUCAGUUAGCCCUUAACUGCGAUUCUAUUUUUCGUGUUGCAAGAGCCAUCUGAUAUUAUUUAAACUGCAAGUGUUUUUAGGAUGCCUAACAGGUUGAACAUAUGUGUUGGAGAUUAUUAUUGUACUGUUUUUUUACGCCUCUGUUUUUUUCAAUCUAUGUCCUCAUAACAAUUAUGCAGAUCCUUGGUCUGUUUGGUUCAUUACGUAAUAAUCGAUAUUUUCCGGUGCCUUAAGUUCAAUUGAACAAGCACAGCUUUUUCGCCAUCCUAUUUUUGGAAGCAUUUGUAAGUGCCACGAUGCUUUAAAUAAAACUCAGUCCACGUUAUCAACGUUCCUGGAGUUUAGACCCUGUAGCUCAUUCACCUGCAUUACCAGCAAAGAUUAGGUUUCAAACGCAUACAUGUCAGAUAUACGCAACAAUCUUCUGUUGUUUUUCGUAUGUUUACAGGGGCGUAUGCUUGUUUAUGAACUGGCUGAAGCCAUAUACCUUUAUAUAUAUCCUUAUGUUAUAGUUGACUCAUCAAUUAGUACAGAGCGAGGAAAUGGGAGGAAAUAAGCUAGCUUGUCUACCGCGCGAUACUCGCUAGCCUGAGCGCCCAUUGAUAUUCAGUUUCAUUCAUGUUUCGUAGUCGUGAUUCAGAGUCAGGCAGUUAAUGCUGGUACCGUAUGCGAUUUUUAUUUUUUAUAUAAUUUUAUGAAUCGUUUAUUAUCUGUCCAUUAUGCCUAAUUGUUGGCUGUAUGUGUUAGAAUAACUAAAAAACACACCUUUCGGACGUAUUAACAAGCCGUUUUACAAGUCAUUUUGCCACAGGAAUUGAUGUUUUUAUAGAAGUAAUUCCCGAACCUUUGGAAGUCUCUGGUAUUGCGCUUUCAACUUAUAAAGUUUCAUUUAUUUUAUUUCUUUAUAGCUCUCAGCUACGAGAUAUAGCUUAUACCAUCACAGCGUGCAGGUAUAUAGCUCUCAGUUAUAGCUUGUAAUCUGUUCUGUUGGAAACAUCGCUGCUACGGGGCCGGAGAAUAACUUUUUUACGUGUGUUACGCUGCAUUUGUAAUGGUGUUGCUUGUGUCUUUUAUGCUAUAUUGCCAUUUUGAACCUAAUAUCAAAAAGUGGAGGAAUAAAUGUGUAAAUACGUCA